UUUCUCAAGAUGCUGUGCCACACUUUGACACCCUCUGUGUUAAAAUUGUAUUUAUAUGUGUUGAGCUCGCUAAUAUAUGAUCAUUUUCCAUGUUACUAUUAUUAAAAUAGGAAGAAUUGAACGUUCCAUUAUAGAAUUGAGAAGUACUACUGCGCAUGCGUAGAUGUGAGCUUCCAGUCCAACAGGUGGCGCUGCAGGAUUCCAGUGUUGGUGUUCUUCGCAGUUGCAUGUGACAUUGAGGGAGCAGAAGCGGCAGUAACCAUGAGACUGACGGCCCUCCUGGCAGCGGCCCGGGUCGUCAUACCCAAGGAUUACCGCUACGGGACGAACAGGCCGUGGACCGCGGCCGCGAAGAGGCUCAAUCCACCGGGCAAGAGGAGGAAGAAGGUGUUCGUGGAGCCCAUAGCUAACGAGGACUGGUCUGUUCUCCGAGGGGACACCGUUGAGGUCCUCGCCGGGAAGGACAAAGGAAAACAGGGCAAAGUCAUCCAAGUCUUCAGACACAGAAACUGGGUCAUAGUGGAUGGACUUAACACGCAUUACAGGUACAUUGGCAAAACCGGGGAUUACCGGGGGUCCUACAUUGCCAGCGAGGCACCCAUCCUGCUGCGGGACGUCGCCCUCGUUGACCCUUUUGACAGGAAGCCUUCUGAUGUGGAAUGGCGCUUCACCGAGGAGGGAGAAAGAGUCAGAGUCUCGCUCCGCACGGGUCGCAUCGUCCCCAAACCGGUGGUGGAGCGGCGAGAUGGCAUCGUGCCACAACAGUGGAAAGACGGGCCCAAAGAUACCAGCCCAGAGGACACGCUUGAAAAGACCUACACGCCUUCCCUGAAGACCUUGGAGGAGGAGGUCAUGGAGAAGAUGGGCAUCCAGGAGGACAGGAGGAACCGGCGGUCCUACUGGUACUAAACGCCAGAGACUCUAACCUCCGAUGUACCGAUGGACGAUGCUGAUGCUUUUCAAUAAGACAGACAGACGGACAUGUCUGUCAACUGAAAAGUCAGCCCAUGUAGCGUUAAAGUGCAACGAUGAGAGGAAAGGAAAAGUAGUUCUACCAACAUGAAGGUAAUUUAUUUCUUUCCAAUACAACACAGCCAAAAAUGAAUCGUGACGGUUGAUACCUUCACUUAAUGUCUUCAGAUAUGGAAAUAUAUAAUAAUCAAUACCAGUAUGGAUGUUUGCUAUGGAUUUGCGUGUUCAUUGUUUCAGUUGCAUUAAAAAAAGGCAUCCUUUGGUUGCUGUAACUCGUGGACUCCAGCUGUAGAAGCCAUUGAACGCGCCACCGUCAUCAAUAAUGACGUCGCAGCUGCCUCGUGUGGCCAGCAUUUUCCCCCUCAGAAUUCUCUUGCCCGUGCAGCUCGCAUCCGAGAGGGAAUAAAAGUAGGCAGUCAGCG